CCGCACCUCACCGUGCGCGCCCAGGCCCCGCCUACCGUCCCGCCCUCGGCCGCGCUUGAGUUGGAGCCGUUUCCACCACAUUUAGUGUCAUUUACAUGGGUGAGUGCCGAGCGAGAGCUGUGUAAUCCAGUGUCGUUAUUCGCGAGCAGCAAACGGAGCUGGCUGGCCAGAUUUAAGUUGAACUUUGAUUGUGCACCGUGCCGUGAAGCGCGAUUAGAGCAUCUCGCCGCCUCAGCGACCAAGACGCGGACAGAGGGAGCCGAGGUCGCCUCCCCAGCCGGCUCGACUCCCAUGCCACACAAGGAGGAGCCGGGCCUGACCACUGUGUCCCGUGUCAUGUCAGGUCACAGCGGGGUCAACCAGCUGGGGGGCGUCUAUGUCAACGGCCGCCCCCUGCCCGACUCGACCCGACAGAAGAUCGUCGAGCUCGCACACUCCGGUGCCCGGCCCUGUGACAUUUCACGCAUCCUCCAGGUCUCCAAUGGCUGUGUCUCGAAAAUUCUCGGCAGGUACUACGAGACGGGCUCCAUCAAGCCCCGUGCCAUCGGCGGCUCCAAGCCCCGCGUGGCCACCCCUCUCGUGGUCAACAAGGUGGCCGAGUACAAGCGCGAGUGUCCCAGCAUCUUCGCGUGGGAGAUCCGUGACCGGCUACUGUCCGAGGGAGUGUGCUCCAACGACACCAUACCCAGUGUAUCGUCCAUCAAUCGUGUGCUGCGGAACCUGGCGACCCAGAAGGACCAGCAGCAGCACCAGCAGCAGGAGAGUGUGUACGACAAGCUGCGCAUGUUCAACGGUCCCUCGGCGGCCGGCUGGGCCUGGUAUCCCGGCGGGCCGCCGCCCUCCCACCUGACGCUGCCCCAGGCACCCGCGCACGGUCUGCCCGCCCAGCUGCCCACGCGCGACGACAUCAAAAGAGCUGACGGCGCCAGUGAGCCGACCUCGGACGGCAACUCGGAGCACAACUCAUCAGCAGAGGAGGACUCCCAGCUGCGCCUGCGACUCAAACGCAAACUACAGCGCAACCGCACGUCUUUCACCAAUGAACAAAUCGAGUCAUUAGAAAAGGAGUUCGAACGGACCCACUACCCGGACGUGUUCGCCAGAGAGAGACUGGCCGAGAAGAUAGGACUUCCCGAGGCCAGGAUACAGGUGUGGUUCAGUAACCGGCGGGCCAAGUGGCGACGCGAGGAGAAGCUGCGGAACCAGCGCCGGGGUAUCGACUCGGUGGGCGCCAUGCCACACCAUGCCUCGCCGGGCGGCCGGCUGCCCUCCCAGCCGGGCUUCAACUCUAUGUACCCGUCCAUUCCGCAGCCCAUCAGCAUGGCUGACACGUAUAGUUCGAUGUCUCAGUCGCUGGGCGGCAUGAGCUCGGCAGCCGCCGCAGCAGCCGCAGCUGCCGGCGCCGGCUGUCUACAGCAGCGCGAGACGCCCUACCCUUACAUGUUCGACCACCUGAGCACUCUGGGUAGCAUGUCCUCUGCCGCGGCCGCCGGCUACGGACGCUCUUCGUGCAACAUGACCCCGCAGAGCUCCGGACAUGUCGGCUACCCCGGCUCGGCGGCAGCGGCGGCGGCAGCAGCAGCGGCAGCGGCCGCCGCACCGGCCUCAAACGCAGCCACAGGUGUUCUGUCGGCUGGCCUGUCUGUGCCGCUGCAAAUUCACAGCCAGAGCCAGCACGACCUGGCCGCCAACUACUGGUCUCGGCUCCAGUAGCAAGCAGCCGCCGCCGGCCGCUGGUGGUGACACGAGAUUGAUCCGGCGGUCGGCGGUUUUAGUUGCGCUCCAGCGCAAGCGAGCUAGGAAGUUGUGGAUCUAGACACGGGCUCGGCAGCGGAGACGGGUUCGUUUGGGAUAUUUCUUUAGUCGACGCAUCGCUCGGAUCGGGCGUAUCGCGGCGGAGGAUCUUCUCGGAUCGGUGAAUUUCUGAACCGGGACCGACAGUGACUGGGAAUCUCACGGAGUCGAGCGCCGGAGAUACGAGUUCGGCUCGGUCACUGGCACUCUGAAACGGAGUUCGGCCCAAACCACGGACACUGGACCAAGUAUGGCCAUUGGCCUGCACCGGGACUGGAUCUCAUCCUCGGAAAUGAGUUGAUCCUUGCUACAAGCCUCAGUGAUGCCCGCCCUCAGAACUGGAGCCGAGUGACCCAUUGGACCGUCCCGAGUCGCUCAGUCACCUGUCCCGCUGCCGGUCCUUGCGUUUCCCGGUCCACUCGUUCCGUUUCCCAGCCCGCCCGUUUCCCGUUUCCAGGUCCGUCCUGGUCGCCAUACUGACGACCUUGUCCAGCGUCACACAAUAGUGGGUCGGUGGCCGGCGGGUCGCCCCUCCCCUCCCCAGUUCCCGCUCCGCCCCGCCCCGCAGUCGGCCAUGACUGCUGUGCUUCGUCAACCAGAGGGCGGUACCUGAGGGGUCGCCGCACGCGGAGGGGGGGGGGGGGGGAGCCUGUUACACAGGUGUGGGGACAGAUGCGUACUACAGAGCCGCAGGGGAAGGGGAGGACAGUGGCUCUCCAAAGAAAUGAUAUGCGUUGACGUAGCGUUUUACGGCGCGAAAUGUGUGACAAGGUACUGACAGAUCAUUGUUUAGGUAGCUCGUGUUUAGGUGCUUCGCUUUUGACAAUGUGUUUUUAAUCGAUUGGUUUUAUGUGGAAUGGUGCGAUUUCUUAGCUACGUGACUUGGACAAACACACUUGCUUUGGAAAAGAUGAUUCAUUAUCAAUCGGUUUAUUUUUUAUUGAAACAAAGCCGGGGCUGUAGGGAUAUUCGCCCCACAGUUCUCAGAAGCAAAAAUGGACAUUGCUGUCGAUUUGUUCCACCGACCAGUCAAACUUAGCUGCAAGGCCAUUUGGUUGCUGAAUAGGUCCAUUCUUUAUGUUAGGUAUUCUCAAUUGACGUUUCUUGCACGGCACGUAACAUAACACGUGCUUCCCUAGAAUAAUAACAAAAAGUGCACAAAUGAAAGAGGUGCAUGCAAAGACAAAGAUUCAGGUAUCAUGCACAAAUGAAGAUGGCAAAUGCAUGCAUGUGGUGUCAAUUUUAAUGGUUUCAAACAAGUGAAUCAUAAAAAAUCAUUACACAAUGGGUCACCGUGAUUGAACUAACAUUUCUUUUUUCUAAGGCGGGGAGAUAACAGGUCAAACACGACAUUGCAGCGUACCGUUUGAAUCAAUAACACAUUUGCUUUUAAAUACCUAUAAGGUAAAAUCACCUCAACAAACCAAACCACGAUGCAUGCCGCUAAACCAGCAGCGAGCUGCCUUUGUAAGCCACCCCGUUAACAAACAUGGGGUCAUGCUCAGCGCCUGGUCACAUUUUGCUAACAAAUAGAUUGAUAGUGAGGAACGGUUCCUAACGGGCCUCCUGUGUGGGUUCAGUCUACCUUUCAGCUAGCGCGUUCUGUCGACGAGCGCUCGAUGCCCGUCGGCACGGGGGAGGGAGACGAAAGUGUUGUGUUUGUUGGCGUCCGCCAUGUGCGAUGUUUGAGCCAGUGUACUUGUGCUUGUGUUUUCUGGCGUACCUAUCGAUAGUAGGAAGUAGAUUUAUUGUUGCAUGUUACCACUCCGGGCCGCCAGGCGAGCGCGAACUGUUUCAUAAUAUAACUAGGCCUUAUCAGAGUGCGCAGCGGAGUACAGCUACGGCGAAUCAUUGUAGGCAGGCGACACAGAGCUGGAGUAGACUGCCAUUCUGUGCUUUUCUCUUGUUGUCAUCGUGAAGUGGGGGUAGCGUGAGGGCGCUGGUCGCUGUGAAGAGAAGCAGUGACGAUUUGGGGAGACGGACAGCUCGGGAGAUAGGCGUGAGAGCCGCACAAAGCGUUCGCCCGCGCCGCUGUCGCGUGUACCAUAUGUGCUGAGUGGAGUUCGACUAUGGUGGUGUGCUGUAUAAUAGGUCUACAUACUGUGUACAUACAAACAACGUGUAGGACUAUGAAGCGAAUGUAAUAAACUGGAAAUAAGA